AUUAUCCUAUGAUUAAAGAUAAAAAAAAAUAAACUCUUCUUCAAAAUCCUAAAAAUUAAAGCAAAGGUCCAAAAUAAUAAGUUACAUAAAAACUUCCUGAUGAUAUGGUAUUUUAUAUUGAUCGAUAUAAACAUAAUUAGGAAUCAGAAAUUAGAGACUGUUUCAAUUUUUAUGAUCCCUCUAGAACAGGAUUCAUUAAUCGUUAAAACAUGAGAUCAAUAUUAGGUAAUUUUGGUUUCAUUAAUAAAACUGUAAAAGACAUAGAAGAAGAAAUAAGAGAUGUUGUUGAAGAGUAUAAUUGUUUUCUUAUAUUUAUAUAGAACCCGUGAUAGUUUUUCAAUGAAAGAUGUUAUAUCAUUGAUUUCUAGAAAAUGGUUUGAAAAUAAAGGUAGAGAUGAAGAAAUUGAUGAAAUUUAUGAAUUAUUUGUUAGAAAGUAAAUGAAUAUUAAAUAAAUUAAGGGAUCGAAAAGUUGGAUUACCUGAAAUUAAGAAUGUAUUUGCAUAAUAUCUUGAUAUUCAAAUAAGUGAUGCAGAUAUUUUAGAAUUCAUUUAAGAUGCAAGUAAAGAUAAAGAUGGAUUAACAAAAGAGGACAUUGCAGCUAAAAUGGGUUACAUCUGAUAUUAAAAUUAUA